AUGAAGCUUUGCGUGGCUUCCAGCACGCCUUGCAGGCUGCUGCUCCAACGUCCCUCGUUAUGUUCAACGCCGCGUCGAACGUUUCAUAGGGGCGCCGGUAAGAGCUCGCCGACGUCCAAGCAAACCAACGAAAGCCGAAAGCAGAGGAAACUGACCGAUACCUUGCUCACAGCGUCGCGACUGGGACGGCAUGCUGCCUCAAUCGACAAAUCAAGCUCAGAUCGGUACUCUGGCUGGAAGCACACGCCCGGCCCUAGCACACUUCGCAACGUAGGCCGACCAACGUUGUCUCACAAUGCAAGCAAGAGCAUGGCUAGCGCUAAAAAUGCUUGCAAAAAUGCAGAAACGUUGCUCGGACCGCAUUCAGCCGCCGUGCUGCUCAAGCCUAUGUUGCAUGCGCAGACAGAUGAUGGCGAGCUCGAGGCGCGUCAUGGUUCCACAGCUUCGAUCUCUGCUCGCGACUUUAUCACUCCCAGAAGAGAGUUAAAGCCAGGAGACUUUGUCGAAGUGCGCCGUACCAGUCUCGCUGUUGGAAUCGUCCUGCCGCCUCCUGAUGACGCCUUGCAAGUCGAUCGAGAAAACAAAGCCGACCGCUGGACGAACGCUGGUAGGCACGAUCUCUAUGUCCUCGUCGCAUCGGGCCAGAUCGUUCUGUACAAGGACAACGACGUCAUGAUGCAAAUCCCUUCCGUCAUCGAGCCUCAACUCGUGCAAAAGGCGGUAGCUACAAGUAGAAAUUAUGUGGUUUCCAGCAACAGCCUCGACAGCCCCGUCAACAGAGACGGCUCUCACGAUGUCCACUUGUUCGCCACCGCAGGCGAAACGGAUCCAGUGGAAGGAACAGCGAUCGAGGAAGAACCCGUUGACAUUCCUCGAUUCGAAGCGCGCGCCUCGAUCUGCAACAAGCUGCGCAUCUUGGAACGUCAAAAGGAGAGCGAGCUGCAGCGUCUAUUACCCAGCUUCCAGUCGCUUUUCCUGGUCGAUGGCGCGUCGCAAGAGCAAACGCCAGAGGUGGUCAACUUGAAAAAACACAGGAUGGAUCUCAGGACGGGCGCUAUCACGACGUUUGAGGCGGCCAGAUUGAUGCACAAGCUGCAAACUCGUCGAAUCAAAGCGAGUGACAAGCAAGCGCAAAGUGCAUUUACCGCCUGCACAGUCUAUGCUGCGCACGCGCUGCUCAUGUCGCACCCGACACACUUUUUGGCCGAUGCCCUGUCGCAUCGUACCAGCCAGCUGUUUACAUGCCGUAGCGACGCUGAAAAGGCGAAUUUGGCGCUGGUCUCCGGAUGGAUGUCAGGUGCGCCCGGUUCCGAGGGCCAAAACUUGAUCGACGCCUUCUGUAGCAAAGCCAGCAAGAUCCGCCAGUACUCCGAGACGCAUCCACACGACGCAUCCGGCGCACCGCGCAUCAUCGACACGCCGCACCAUCCCGACCUCCUCGUCACCUGGACCGAGCAAGACAAAUCCAUCAUCGAGUUCCUCCAAGCGAGUCUGGGAUCCCGAAGAGAAGUGCAAGAGGAUACACACGCGAGCAUCGCCAUGAGCAUUGUCAAGCGCGCCGGUGGACACUUCCGACUUCUCCCGCAUCCGCACAUGGAUGGAUCGAUGGAUGUCGACCGCGCCACACGCACCUUGUUGGUGGAGCAGGAGCACUGCUUGGGGCGGUCGAUGCUCGAGACGGUGGGAACCGAUCUGGGUGCGGGAAGCGAUCUGCAGCAUGCGCUGGUGAUGCGCUUCUUGACCUCGAUCGGUGCGCUUCCGCCGUGGCAGAAUCCGAUUUGCUUGGAUGCAAGCUUCCGCAGUGCCACGAUGGGCGUAGAUGGCGGUGAGCCCGAGCGCGAACCGACCGUAUCGGACAAGGAGGAUGUCUCCUCUGCCGGUACAACGGCGCUGGCAAGCAAGUUCAACUUGACGCUCGAUGAGCAGGUGGAAUCCAUUCGACACGAUUUUGGCGCUGACCACACGGUGUAUGUGAUCGACGAUCAAGACGCGUUUGAGCUGGACGACGGAAUCUCGAUCGAAACCGUCAGUGGGACAGAUCAAGCUUGGGUGCACGUCCACAUUGCUGAUCCUACAGCGUGGAUAAAGCCGGAUGACGAGCUGGGACAGAGGGCCGAACGCCGGUUCCAGACGCUGUACUUUCCCGAGGCGAGAUGGGCCAUGUUGCCGGACGAGUUUGUGCGCAGUGGCAUCGGUCUGCGCGCCGCGUCUUCAAGUGGCGGGACGGGGACGGGGACAGGGGCGGACGUCGAUGCUCAACGAGUGAUGACUUUCAGCGCGCUUGUCGACCUCCCAUCCGGUCUAGUGCAAGAUACGAAGGUGCGACCUGCGCUGAUACACAACGUUGAGACCACCUCGUACGACCAUGUCAGCUCUCUGCUCGCCCACCCGUCUUGUCGCGCUCAAGGCGCAAGAUCGUCGGACCUCUCGCUCCUGCUUGAAAUCGCGACCAAGCUGAGCGAGAACCGAGCGAAAAGCACCGCGUUCCUGGCUUAUCAAACCAGCUCGUUGGUCAGCGUCUCUCCACUUCCGCUACCGGGCGUUGCUAUUUCAGCUCGCGACUUGCAUCGACCCUACUUUUUCGCUGGUCUUCCUACGAUCCAUAUCAGGUCAGACUCAAAAAAGACGGAAUCGGAUGGUGUACCUGCACUAGCGCAGUUUGUGGUCUCAGAAUUGAUGGUCCUAGCUGGUCGAAUUGCAGCAUUGUAUGGCAAACAACAUGGGCUUGCGUUCGCGUAUCGAUACCAGAAGCGACCGGACACGGUUGAUGAGGCAAACGAGAUUCUUUCGUUGCGAACCAACCUACCGCCCGACUCGACGUUGAUCAGCGAGCAAGGCGUUAUCGGACACGGUCUGAUUCCUUUUGACCAGGUCUUGAGACGAGGAUUUUCGAUCAGCACGAGUGGAUAUUCGGCUGUUCCAAGCGAGCACUUUUCGCUCGGGAUCAGCUCGGAUGCUUCCAGCGCGUUUGUUCGGACGCACGAAAAGGAUGCGAUCACAGGGAGUGGCUAUGUGCGAGCAACGUCGCCGUUGCGUCGGUAUCCGGACAUGCUCGCGCACUGGCAGAUCAAGCACCACCUCGUUCACCACUCGGCUCGCUUCGGCGUGCACAACAUGCAACGCUUACUCCCCCAGCUCGAACGACAAGAGAUCUCGGCGAAACAAUGGAUGCGCUCCAGCAACCGUUUCUGGAUCAACGCCAGUCUGCAACGAACCCUCCUAGCCGCCAAAGCCGAGACAAACACGCGCUUCACCGCCAGAGUAGCGCUCGCAGAACCCAGAAUCAAUGCUGCCACAUUAAGCGCAAGGGUACGAGUCAACAUCGAGCAGCUCGGCGCGCCCGCCGACCUAGAAUGGGGUCCAUCCGAGCCACCGCCUCGCGCAGGCGACGUGUUUGACGUCGUCCCUGUCGCUGUUACCAUGGCCGGCAUCCGGAGCGGGUUGACUGUCAGGAGGGUCUGA